GCAAAGCCGAGCCGCGGCCGGAGCGGCCUCUAAAAGGCGUCCCGCUGCAAAGCGUACGACUAGAACUUCUUAGGGUUCACUCCUCCAACACCAGCAGUCGCCUCUGAGCAGCGCUUUUGGCUGCCUUGACGCAAAAGCACCGGAGAGCCUCCUAGAGCAUGGAAGCGCCAGGCGACGACGCCCGCGGCGCGCGCAUGCGGCGCACGCUGACGCGCGAACUCCCGAGCGCGAAAGCCAUAAGAGCCAUGCUCGGCGCGGCGCCCGUGCAGUCGGACAAGCCACCCGCAUUAGAACGCCGAGCCGCCGAUAGAGACAGCAUGCCCCACGAGUACGCGCGAGUGGUGGCCCUGUCUCGGGUCAAGGGCGGCCGCGUCGCUCAUGUCUCGCAAGUAGUUGGUGACUUGGUACUGAGAGUCCCGAACGUCACGAACGAAUCCGCGUUCGCUUUGGAGGUCAUCGUCACGGGCCGGAGGUAUCGCCUGGACGUCCUGAAGAGCGACUUGGAGUCGGUGCACACGAAGGAGGAGAUCACGGAACUUUCUAGGGAUGCCGAGUCGGAAUUGGAGUGCUCGGGGUGCGGACGGCGCUUCGGCUCCGAGAUGCACUGGCUCGCGCACCAAUCGGCUCCAUGCUGCACGAAGAAAAGGGGCGAGCCGGCGAAGAAGAAGCGGCGGUCGCGGAAGAAGGUGACGACGGCUCGCAUCGCGUUUCGGGACGACGCUGAUAUAUCUUGGCGCGUCGAGACGGCCGCUUCUCUGGUGCCACUACUUCGUACAGAUGCCUUCUGGGGCGCGCCGGCGGACUGGGCGCCCUGCGCGCCGGCCGCGGACCCGCUCAAGGGCGAGACGUCUAGGGCUCGGGUCUUGACGCUGCGGCCGCGGAGCGGCGUGAACUUGGUUGAAGUGCUCGGGCCGCUGCGGCACCUGGUGACGCCCGCGCCGGUCGCGGAGGUUGAGAACGGCGCGGCGGCGGAAGGGGAGGGUGUAUAGGUUUUCUUAUCCAUU